AUGGCGAUUUGGGCGGUACAUCAAAAUAAUCAAGUUGAAUCUACUACUUCUCCAAAAUGUGCUUUAUUUCGUCUUCGAAAUUUAAAGGGACCAAUUGAUGAAGUAGCUUUAUCUCAUGCAAUAUUACUUCCUCAUGAUAUUCGAGAAAAUUUCGAUUUUGAAGUGUCUGAAUAUGAUGGCACUGCAGCUACUGUUAGAAUAAGUUUUAAAGAUACAACUCAUGAACAUUUAGUUCAACGAUUGAGUAUUUUUCCUGGAAUUAGUAAUCUCUCUGUAAAUGGAUUUUAUGAUUGGUUACCUCUUGAUUCUACUACAAUUCAAUGUAUGCAUCCUCAUGAUGGGCCAAUUCCAAUUGAAGCAGUUGAUAGAAUGUUAGAUCAAAUAGAUCAUGGUGAAGAAUUUAAUGCUAGAUCAUGUUUACCAUUAAUCUUUCCCGGUACAACUUUAACUUCUAAUGAAGAUGAUGGAACAAGUAUUGUUUGGGGUGAAGAUUCAAUUAGAAAUCUUUCUACAACAAUUAAUACGGUUAACUUUUUGAUAUUUGCGAGUGCCAAAAAAUUCGUACAUAAAGGAAGAGAUAGUUUUCUUGUACUUGUCGUAAGAAUUUUAAAUACUUUGAAAAGCAUUCCAAUACUUGGUAAAACGAUUAUGAAUAUUGAAGAAUCAAUAGGUGGUAAAAUUGGUGGAAAUUUCUUUAAGGAAUAUUAUCAAAAUUUAGAUCAACUUUUAAUUGAAUUGGAACAAGCAUUAGGAGAAAUAAUUAUAUCUUUGACUGAAGAUCAUUUUCGUCAAAUUAAAGAUGUGAUUUCUCGUAUACUUUUAAUUGUUAAAGCAAGUAAUAAAGAAUUAGAUGCAUUAACUGAAUAUGUUUCAAAGAUGAAAAAUAGAAAAGAAUAUACAGAUAUUGUUUUUAAAGGAGCAAUAGCUGGAGUAGCCGUUUCUGCAGGGAUAAUGAGUACCUUUGUGUUGAAUCCUACUAAUAUAGCGAAAAGAUUUUUAUUUUCGAGAACCGCAGCCUUAUUAAGUACACUCGGAUUUGCUAGUAUCAGUGGUGCAGCGUAUUUACUUAGUAAUCAUUAUAAGAAAAAUAUAGCUCGUUAUGAACAAGCACAAAAUAAUUUAGAAAGGUUAGAAAAAUUAUUAACUAGAAUGGAAAAUUCAAAUGAUUAUUAUUUUUAUUUAAAUGAUAAUCAAUAUCCCGGUAAAGCCGAAAUUUUGAUUGACCUUCUUAAUGAAUUUAAAGAUGAAAUUUGUCACUUGAUCAAUGAUGUAAUUGAUGUAACUGAUGAAUACAUCUAUCAUAAGACUAAUUAA